AUGGAGCCAGCUUGCCUCUUUUUCGUCGUCAUCAUUUUAUGUGUCGUUGGGGUCGUCGAGCUGCGACCGACGCAUAUUAUCAAGCUAAAAACGGCCCAUAACCGUUCCUCUGCUGCUCGUGUUCUUCCCAGAUCGGAAAAUGCGAGUAUGCCAAACGACAGUGUAUCUGUGAAGCGCGAUCAGUAUACACACGAAUCCCCAAGUUGGGGCAUUGCCCGCGUUUACCACCGCGAGCGCAAUGAGUUGUCGAGUUAUACAACCGAUACGGGAGCACUGGGUGACGGCGUCCAUAUUUAUAUCUUUGAUACAGGCAUCAACACGGCUCAUCCAGACUUUGGUAAUCGAGCGAAACAUGAAGGCUGCUUUGUAGACAGCGAAGGAGAUGAAGACCGUUCAGGCCACGGCACUCACGUCGCUGGGAUCAUCGGUGGUCAGACCUUUGGUAUUGCAAAAAAUGCAAUUUUACAUAAUGUGAAGAUCCUCGACCGCCGUGGAGACGGAUCAACCGUGGCCUUGAUUCGCGCCAUUGCUCAUGUCAUCAAAGUGGCGAAACCAGGCAAGGCAAUAAUCAACCUGUCUUUGAGUGGACCCCGUUCACAGACCAUCGACGACGCUCUCGACGCUGCUGCUUUAGCCCAUAAUAUCCCUGUGUUUGUAUCGGCCGGAAAUUCAGCGGACGAUGCUUGCGACUAUUCACCCUCAGCGAACCCCAGUGUAUUCACCGUAGGCGCUUCCACAAUCACCGAUACAGUCGCCCACUUUUCGUCUUUUGGACAAUGCGUCCGUAUGUAUGCUCCCGGGGUUAACAUCACUAGCAGUUGGUUGCAGAGUGGAUCCCAUGUUAUGGAUGGAACAAGUAUGGCCAGUCCACAUGUCACAGGAAUUGCAGCUGUACUGAUGUCUCGCUAUCAAUACCAAAGCGUUUAUGAUUUAUACAAUGUCCUCAUGUCGAUUGGCACUCAAGGAAAACUUAGCAUGGCCCAUGCUGACGGUGAAAGCGGUGCGUCGAAAUUCCAGCAUUAUAACAUCAGUUACGUUGUCAAUUUCAUUCUUGUCAAAUUUAAGAUUUAGGAAAAUCCUUUUCCACAUCGCUUCUUUAAAUGCUACUUUGCAAUCAUUCAAAAAAAAAGAACACCAAAUAUCGGAAAAAACGCAUUGUUGCACGCUAGUAAAAUAUCUACAAUAAAUAGUAACAAAACAGUGAGUGCUGAAUCAAAAUG